ACUGCAAGCAACGCCUGCUAGAUAAUGCACUUCACAAGGAUUUUGUAGCAGCAAACAGGAUGAAGCUGAAUAAAUCAAGCUUUUCCUAGUCAGAUUUCUAAAUUAAAACGUUGGAAAUAGCUUAGUUAUUGAGCCAUGGCUUCUAUUAAUGACAUAGAUAGGAAGGAUUAUCAAGAAAUGGGAAUGGAAAUGAAGAAAACAUUACACUCUCAACAAAAGAAGGAGUUGCCAAGAAAAGAUUAUGAGAGUCUUGACUAUGAUGUCUGUUACAAUCAUCCCUUUUCUGAGAUGAUGAAGUCAAAAGAAACAAUGCCUCUAGUUCAUCAGAACCUUAUGCGAUGGAUUGUCACAUUUAUAAUUGGAGUUUUAACAGGAUUGGUUGCAGUGUUUAUUGACUUUUUUGUCCGACAUUUGACAAAUUGGAAGUUCAGUGUCAUUGAAACAUCAAUAAAGCACUGUACACCAGCUGGCUGUCUGAUUAUUACACUACUGAUAAUGUUACUCUUCAAUGUAGGAUUUACAAUGAUUGCUUCAGCUUUAACAAUCAUAGAGCCCGUUGCAGCUGGUAGUGGCAUUCCAGAAAUAAAAUGUUAUCUUAAUGGCAUAAAAGUUCCUCAUGUUGUGAGACUCAAGACUUUGAUCAGCAAAGCUGUUGGAGUUCUUUUUAGUGUCGCUGGAGGUUUGUUUGUUGGCAAGGAAGGUCCAAUGAUUCACAGUGGAGCAAUAAUUGGUGCAGGUGUUCCUCAGUUUCAAAGUAUUGCUUUCAGGAGAAUCAAAUUCAACUUUCCAUACUUCAGAACUGACAGGGAUAAAAGAGAUUUUGUGUCUGGUGGUGCUGCAGCAGGAGUAGCUGCUGCAUUUGGUGCUCCUAUUGGAGGUGUUCUCUUCAGCCUUGAAGAAGGCAGUUCUUUUUGGAAUCAAAGUCUCACUUGGAGGACUUUCUUCUGCUCCAUGUCUGCAACAUUCACUCUGAAUUUUUUUCUUUCUGGGAUCACUGGAUACGGAUGGGGUACAUUCAAUCAACCUGGCUUGAUCAAUUUUGGAAUCUUUCAGUGCAAUAAAAAAGGAGGAGAAAAGUGUGACUUAUGGAACAUACAAGAUUUAUUAAUCUUUAUUGUGAUGGGUUUUGUUGGUGGUCUUCUGGGUGCUUGGUUCAAUGCUCUCAAUAAAGACCUCACAAAGCACAGGAUUUUACAUGUUAACUCAAAAAGCAAGAUUGUAAGACUUCUUGAAGCUGUUCUUGUUGCUUUGGGAACUACAUGUAUAGCAUUCUUUUGUCCAAUAUAUCUUGGUACCUGUAAGAAGUUACCUCAGGUUACACAUUCACUCAAUGAGACAAAGAACUACUUCUGCAGUGAAGGAGAGUACAAUGAUAUGGCUACAUUAUUUUUUAAUUCUCAAGAAGGUGCUAUCAAACAACUAUUCCACUUAGAUGGUGCCUUCAGUCUUACUUCUCUUGGCAUAUUUUUCACCUGUUUCUAUUUCCUGGCUUGCUGGACGUAUGGUGCCAGUGUACCAAGUGGUUUGUUUGUUCCUUGUUUGUUGUGUGGAGCAUCUUAUGGAAGAUUUGUUGGUGAGCUUUUAAGAAGUUAUGCCAACUAUGAUCAUACCUAUCAUGGUACAUUUGCACUGAUUGGUGCUGCAUCAUUUCUUGGAGGUGUGGUUAGAAUGACAAUCAGUCUGACUGUCAUCUUGAUUGAGUCUACUAAUGAGAUAAGCUAUGGCCUGCCUAUCAUGAUCACUCUUAUGGUAGCAAAGUGGUCUGGUGACUUGUUUAAUGAAGGUCUUUAUGACAUUCACAUCAAACUCAAAAGUAUACCACUACUGGAAUGGUCGGCUCCCCUGGAAAUGUACAAAUUAAAAGCCCAGCAUAUCAUGGAAUCCUGCUUGUCAUACUUGUAUCCACAUACAAGAGUCCAUUCAAUCAUUGGAAUCCUAAAAACCACUGCCCAUAAUGCAUUUCCAGUAGUGACAGUAGACAAAGCCCUACCCCUCACCCCAAAGGAUUAUGACUAUCCUGGUAACCCCAUAUCAAGCAAUGAGGAAUAUGCAAGAUCCAAGACUAUGUCUUUUGUAUUGAGUGAACAGAGAGUAAGAAGUGCAACACAAGAAGAUCCCCAUGAGGGAGAGGACUUGGGACAAGUAGAAAGCACAGUCAGACUGUUACCUAGGCAACCACAGCGUCAUGACUGUACAGACAGAUACAGCUCCAACAGCUCCAUACACUCUGCAUCUGCUCCAUCUGAGUCAUUCAUGAAACAUGCUAGACCUAGACACAAUUUUAACUUUGGAGGAAUAGAAGAAGAAGCAUCCAACUCUAUGGAUAUAGAUGAACAUUCUGAGGACAGCCAUCACAAUCAAAUUACAUCAAGUAGUGUGAAUGUCACAGCAGACAUGUCGACAUCAGGUGAACAGCAACUGAUUACCCUCCAUGGAAUAAUCCUCAGAUCACAACUUGUAACUUUGCUGAAGAAGAAAAUCUUCUACUUAGAAGCAGAAGGGAGUUCAUCACAGCCACAAGUAAACUUUUCAGGAAUGACUGAGGAUUAUCCAAGAUUCCCUGAUAUCUACACCAUACCCUUGUCACGAAGAGACAGAGAAAAAAUUGUGGAUGUCACUCCUUACAUGAAUCCUUGUCCAUAUGUGGUCUUUCCUUGGACCCCUGUUCCUCUUGUAUUCAAUUUGUUCAGGACCAUGGGUCUGCGUCACCUUCCAGUUGUCAACAAUAAAGGACAGCUUGUUGGAAUCAUCACUAGAGCUAAUCUUACCCAUGAAUACAUGGAGCAGUGCCUUGAAAACCUGGAGAAUUCUCAUGAACAUUGAUUUGAAAAAUAAUACAAAAUGGAGACCAAUAGGCCACUUUUUGUAUGAUAUUUUUUAAUCAGAGGCUUUGUCAGCACAGGCAAUAUUAUUAUGAUAAAAUACACUAAGUUUGAUGCAAUUUGGCUCAGCUAUUGGUGCAUAAAAUAUGCAAAAGAAAUGAAACAGUCUAGUUUAUUAUGAGUUUGAAACUUUGAAAUAUAACAGAUAGGACAUUCAAAAUUUAAGAUUAUAGACGUGUAAAUGUAUAUGAUUAAUAGAAAAUAGGGUAAAGGAAAUAUUUUAUUUUAUGAUUACAAUGCAGAAUAUAAUUUUAAAAUCUUUAUUGCAACAUAUCUUUCAUAUCAACAUUUCUGUGUAUCAUUUUUUCUAUCCAUCUAUUACAUCCAAGUCCAUCGACUGGAUGUAUACCCUUUGGAACAGUCUGCAGACAUAUUAGCUCUAGUUCAGCUAAUUCAAUAUUAUUAACAAUAACAAUAAAAUGUGAUCUUCAUUAUUUAA